UUGCCGGCGGACACAGCAGGGAGAAGGGGGGACACGGGGGGAAGCGGCGGCGAUGAGCUCGUUCGGGGGCCGCAUGGCCGAGUAUCCCAGCCUGUCCAUCGACAGGUUCGACAGAGACAACCUGGUGGCCAAGGCCUUCUUCCUCUCCCACUGCCACAAAGAUCACAUGAAAGGGUUAAAAGCACCAGCUCUUCAGCGGCGCCUGGAAUGCAGUUUGAAGCUGAGACUUUACUGUUCACCAGUGACAAAGGAAAUUCUACUAACAAGUAGAAAAUACAAAUUCUGGGAGAACUAUAUCACUGCCAUUGAAGUUGAAACUCCAACUCAAAUCUCCUUGGUUGAUGAAGCUGCAGGAAAGAAGGAAGACAUUCUGGUGACUCUACUACCUGCAGGCCAUUGCCCUGGAUCCGUUAUGUUCCUGUUUGAGGGGAUGGGUGGCACGGUGCUGUACACUGGAGAUUUCCGGCUGGCCAGCGGAGAGGCUGCUCGUCUGGAGUGGCUACACUCAGGUGGCAGGGUCAAAGACAUAUCGACUGUGUAUUUAGACACGACAUUCUGUGAUCCACGAUUCUACCAAAUCCCUAGCCGGGAGGAGUGUCUGAACGGGAUCAUGCAGCUAGUCGGCAGCUGGGUCACCCUCAGCCCUUACCACGUGGUCUGGCUCAACUGCAAGGCAGCCUACGGAUACGAGUAUCUCUUCACCAACCUCAGCGAGGAGUUCGGCAUCCAGGUUCAUCUUAACAAGCUAGACAUGUUCAAAAACAUGCCGGAGAUCCUCCACCACGUGACUACGGACCGCAUGACACAGAUCCACGCGUGUAGGCAUCCCAAGGAAGACUACUUUGUCCGUGGGAACAGGCUUCCGUGUGGGAACAUCGCCGCUGACGGCACUCCCCUGCGCAUCAUCAGCAUCAAACCCUCCACCAUGUGGUUUGCGGAAAGGAUAAAGAGGGCCAACGUGAUAGUCAGGACUAGCGAGAGUUGCUACCGUGCCUGUUUCUCCUUCCAUUCGUCCUUCACUGAGAUAAAGGAUUUCCUCUCGUAUAUCCAACCAGUGACUGUCCACGCUAAUGUGCUACCUAUGGGCAAGACCUAUGAAGAGGUGAAGGAGUUAUUGAAGUCGUUCUGCAGGAAGGAUUGUGGGGAUGAAGCCACCUACAAACCACUGGGGAAGCUGAAGAGAUGGAGGCAGAGCUUCUCCAACGAGGGAGUUCCUUCCUCCACAGAUGGUGAUGUCGAUGGACUCUUCGACGACUACCAUGUAAUGCCGGUGAAACGGGCGCUGUGCGUCCCACCUCCCUCGCCCCCCACGGACAGACGUGAGCCAGACGACGAGGUCCCGGUGAACAGCGAACCUCCCGCCUGCUUCACCCCCGAGUUCCACGAUUGCGAAGAGUCGAACGAGGAGGAUGAAGAGGAAGAGAUUGACGGAGCCGACGCUGAAGAGAGGAGCGCGCCGAGGGCCAGCGGGGGCGCAGGGCAGCGGGUCGGAGGCACGGCGGGCGAGGAGACGCUGGCACUCGCACCCAGCUGGCACUCGUUCUUCCAGCGGGAACGGGAGGAAGAUUGGGAGCGGGAGAUGGCUCCUCACUCGCCCAAACUCUUCAGCGACUCCGAAGAUGGCGACUCCACCCACGAUCCGUCCCAAAGUUCGUCGCAGUCAACGCACAUAUCGGAGCGGGCCAGUCAGGGCAGCGGGCUGGAGACGGAGUGAGUCGACCCUCCCGCAGGUAGGGAGAGGCGGUGUGCGACCACGAGAGAUGGCAGGGGCCGAGCGGGGGAGCGACCUGUGUGGACUUUUUCCCAUCGCUGACCCGCGAUCUGUUCAGCCUCAAGCCGCGGUCUGCGGAGCUUCUAGCCGCAGGCACGGCGUGGACUUACCAUCCGGAGCCGGAUCCCUAGAGAAGAGCUCAGACCGUCGGCCUGCGGCCUACAUCAUCGUGAAGCCGCGGUCUCCGGUAGGG